AUGGAAAACAACAAAUUGAACACAUUUUUUUUAAAGAAGAACAUCAAAGAUCGAAUAAGUUACUGUGUUCGAUUAAUUGCUUCAGUUGAUUGUAUUCGCUUUUUUGUAAGACAAGGUCUUGCAUUUCAUGGUCAUGAUGAGUCCCAAGAGUCUAAUAAUCAAGGUACUUUUCUCACCGUAGUGUCUAAUGUGGUGAAUGUUGUUGGAGCCUCAUCUAAGCGUCGUGACAUUCUCCAGGAAAAACAAGCUCUCAAAGUCAUCGAAGCCUUAAAAGGUGGAGAACUUUUGAGUGGAAGAGGCCAAAAUCAAGAAAGUGGAAUUAAGUGUCCAUGUGAUACACGUUGGGGAUCACACUUUGGUACUUUGUUCAAUAUUGAUGUUCUUGAUAUGAAUCAUAUGUAUUGUCCUCAAGGGAAAUCACAGCGCAAGGCUCCAAAGCUUACAAAUUUUCACUAUUUCCGUGUUGAUUUUUUCAAUACAGUUUUAGAUUUACAGCUACAAGAGGUAAAUAGUCGUUUUAAUGAGGCUAAUACUGAGUUGAUACUUUGUUUAGAGUGCUUAUCUCCAGCUAAUUCAUUUUCUGCUUUUGACAAGGGAAAGUUAAUCCGUCUUGCUCAACUUUAUCCAUGUGAUUUUUCUACAAUGGAUAUAAAGAAACUAGUUGAGGCACAAAAGGAUAAGGUAUAUCCAUUGGUUUAUUUGCUUAUUAAAUUGGCAUUAACGCUUCCACUUGCAACAGCUUUAGUAGAAAGAGCAUUCUCUGCAAUGAACAUUGUGAAGAAUCAAAUGCGCAACAAAAUGAGAGAUUAA